CUGGGAUUAGUUGGAGGAAGUUCUCGGGCCUCUAUUACAGGGGCGCUCAGACUAGAUGAUCAGCUCUGGGUCGCUUUGCUGUGGUCUCCCUGCCCUGCACCAUUUCAACGCGCGUCGGGCAGCCACGCCAGGAAACGUGCCCUGGACUGGGCUCUGAUCGGCUCGCUCCGGGCAGGAUUCCCUGUCCCUGACUCCGCGAUCUCCCAGAUGCAGCGAGGGGAAGAGCCGUGUGUCCCGGUUCUCCAGGGCGCCGAGGGACGGGAGAUCCCCCGAGGUGCCUGCACAGGUGCCAGAAUGGAGGGGAAGAGUCCGAAGAAGGAAGGGCCUACGGGAACAGAGCCACACUGGAUGUCCCAGAGCAUUAAGCAAGAAGAGGGCAGCGGGGCUGGAUGGCCGGAGGAGAUCAACGCGAUGUCUCCAGAGGAGAUCGGCAUCAGGAUGAUGAUGGAGCACAACCGAGCCCAGCUGGGGGAGAGCCCCUACAGCUGCUCGGACUGCGAGAAGAGCUUCAGCCAGAGCUCCCACCUGGUCCAGCACCAGCGCAUCCACAUGGGCCAGAAGCCCUACAAGUGCACCGACUGCGGGAAGAGCUUUGUUCUCAGCUCCAACCUCCUGGAGCACCAGCGCAUCCACACCGGGGAGCGCCCCUACAAGUGCGACCAGUGUGAAAAGACCUUCAGCCAGAGUUCCCACCUCUUCCAGCACCAGCGCAUCCACACGGGUGAGCGGCCCUACCAAUGCACCGAGUGCGGGAAGAGUUUCAACCGCAAUUACACCCUGGUGAAGCAUUACCACACCCACAUCGGGGAGCAGCCCUUCAUCUGCAGCGAGUGCGGGAAGAGCUUCAGCCUCGGCUCCUUCGCCCAGCACGUCCGCACCCACACGGGCGAAAAGCCCUACAGCUGUGCUGAGUGCGGUAAGAGUUUCAGCAGCAGUUCCAACCUGAGCCAGCACCGGCGCAUCCACACCGGGGAGAAACCCUACAGCUGUGGCCACUGCGGGAAAAGCUUCAGCCAGAGCUCCAACCUCAUCAAGCACCGGCGCAUCCACACCGGAGAGAGACCCUACAGCUGCCCCGAGUGCGGCAAGACCUUCAACCAGAGCUCGUCACUCAUGCAGCACCGGCGGAUCCACCGCGGGGAGCGGCCCUACGAGUGCACCGAGUGCGGGAAGCGCUUCAGCGUCAGCUCCCACCUGGUGGAGCACCGGCGGAUCCACCGGGGCGAAAAGCCUUACAAGUGUGUCGACUGCGGGAAGAGCUUUGGCUGCAACUCAUCCCUAAUGAAACACCAGCGCAUCCACACCGGGGAGCGGCCCUACAAGUGCCCCGAGUGUGGGAAGUGCUUCAUCGACAGCUCCAAGCUCAACAACCACCGGCGCACCCACACUGGAGAGCGGCCCUACAAAUGCACCGACUGCGGGAAGGGCUUUGGAGACAGCUCCGCGCUCAUGAAGCACCAGAGGACGCACACCAAGUAGACACCCAGCAGAUGGAGAGGGGGGCACUGGUGUCUCUCUGGAGGGUGAAAUUGACAUGCUCUGGGGAUCGGGGGCCUCUAUAAGGGAGACAUUGAUGUGCCUUCUGGGGGGACAAGGGCACCUUUAUAGAGAGUAAAUUGGUGUCCUUUUUUCCAACCCCUAUUGGUCAGCAAGACAUACCCAUCCAUCUCGGAAACCCUGGCCCCUACCCCCAGUGUAUGCCAAUGCCCUUUUGCCUGCAGCAAGCUACGGGCCUGAUCUGAAGCCCCUUCCUCUCUCCCGCACUUACAGUGGAUCAAGAUGCAGGUGGCUUCUGCGAGGAUCCCAAAGUGGCAGGAAAUGCUAAGGCAAAUCAUGCAGCUGUGAUGUGUGCCACAGGGAUUUGUAUGGAGGAAAUAAGCAAACAUAGUGAGGUUUAGUGAUUAGCCCUGGGAAUCAGAACUUCUGGGUUCUGUCCUCAGGAUGGGGAGUAGGGUCUAGUGGGUGAUAGCAGAGGGGGCUGGGAGCCAGGACUCAUGGAUUAGAUUCCCAGCUAUGUGUGGGUUCUAGAAGGUGAAAUCAGAGUUUGUUUGCAGUUGUGGAUAGGUGUAUAGUUUAGAGCAGGGGCCUGACAAUCAGACCUCCUGGGUUCUACACCCAGCUCUGGCACUUUACCUUUCUGUGUCUCAGUUUCUUCUUCAUCUGUCAAAUGAGAAUAAUGCUUUUUUCUAAUGUUUUGAGAGUCAUAGAUGAAAAGUGCUUAUUAUUCUGUAUUUGAUGAGUAAUUGUCUAAGCCAGAAGUGACCCUCAUUUCACCUGCGUUGUUCAUGCUCUGAGUUAGCUGUAGAGCAUAGAUCUCUAGGUCUUUUCUUAAGCUGGUUUGCAGAAAUUAAGAUCCACGAUUGAUGUCUCAUUUCUCUCAACCAACUAGGAGAAGAAAUGUAAAGGGAUCCUGGAAAAGGAAAUAAAACUGGGGAUUGUGCCCUUUAAUUUUACUACUUUAUGAUGCACAAAACAAAGCCUGGGGAAGGGGCAGAGGGAGUCAACCUGCUUGGGACAUUAGAAAUUUGGGAGUUGUAUAACUUGGAAGUCUCUUGGGAAGACUCGAGAAUUGGGUCUGAUCAGUUAAACCUGGAGAAUGGCUUUAAAACUUAAGUUAAGGCUAGGAGUUUUCAAUAGCAAUCUCAGAGGAUGUCCAUUGUGUGAGAUAUCUUAGAGGCCUAAUUUUCAGGUGGAAGUGCUCAGCAUUGUCUGAAAAUUGGGGCCGCUUAACCAUUAAAAGUUGGCCACUGCCUGUCACCAUUGAAAGUUUUGGUCCAAAUCUUUAAAAAUCAAGAUUUUCUCUCCCAACAUGUUCCUUGGGUAACUGAGGUAGAUGAGUGACAACAAAGUGAGCCUCUCAGAUUCUUUGCCUGUGUUAAUAUUGAGCUAAGUCAAAUGUCUGCGUCAUGGGGUGCUCUACUCACCACAGGAGCACCUCCUUGUGGCCACAGCUGGGGAUUAGCUCUGCCAGUCUGACGCCCCUUCCUACACGUGCUCACUCCGUCUGUCUCUCGGGAUUCAAUGGCUCCCUCUUCGUGGCUUGGCCCUCUGGCCCAUCAAUGGGGCCAUUUCCCCAGUGGCUGGUAGAGUAACCCAGGCCUGGCCCCUUCUCUGGGUUCCAGCUCAGGGAGCCUACCCUGCUCUGUCCCACACGUCACUGUUGUUUCCUUGGUCUGCUUCCUACAUUGUCUCUGUCCAGCUUCCUCUCCAUCCUCCUCCAGGUUUGCCUUUCCCUCUGGGCCAAGCUCCCUGCUCUCUCAAGCCCCACAGAGUGACUGUAGAUCUCCUCCCUGCAGCCCCUUUCUGCCCUCAGCUACCUGGCUUUCUACAAGCCCUUCCUAUUGCUGUCCAGGUGAGCUUCAUCCUUUAAUUAGUCCUCUCUGCCCCCCUCCAGGUGCAGCCUUGGUGGUUAAUUGGUCCAACUAGCCAUGUUAAGCUCUUCAGAGGUGGUGUGGGGUGAAUGCCCCAUCAGACAUGGGUUUACCAGGUCUGUGCUACAUCCUGGCCUUUAAACAGUCUCCUGGGAGUAUCCCUUUUAGUGUGGCAGACCUUCAGGGGGACACACAGUUCCACCAGGGGAGGCCAUGCAGCCUCUCCGACUCCAGGAUUGGGCCUUCAGGCUCCAGCACCCCUGUUUGCCACAGGGAGCUCCUACAGCGAGUCCGACUGAGAUCAGACUUCUGCGGAGACAUUCUCGUCUCAGGGAACGAUGCAGCCCAUUGCGUAUUAGCAGUGAUACUGAGCUCUUUCCUCCCUGUAGAGUGUCGGAGGAAGUUGCCUGCUCUUUCCAGGCCCAGCAGCUCAGUGUUCUUGUUCAGUCACUGGGGCUCCCAUUAUGUCUUCCGGAUCUUUCAUUCAGGUGUGUUGAUUCUUUUCUGCUCCUAAAGACACCUUGGUACCAUUUCAGACAGUCCACCUGCCAUUCUGCCAGCCCUCAUUCCCCGCUCUACUCAGUGUGUAGCCAUACAAAGUGCAUGGGGAAACUGAGACACGCAUAUGGCUCAUAAAAAUAUUACCAACAUUCCCUUGUACAUCACAGCAUAACAACUUCUCUAAGGUGCCACAAGUACUCCUGUUCUUUUCACAGCAUAACAGACACUCUGGAGAAAAAUCUUUGUUAAAAGUUCACCAACCCUUUGCCUUGGGAGUUCUGUUAAGCUCUCAAGCCUCCUCACCCGAUGCUUCACAGGGAAAUAAAAUAAGAACAUACAUUCCUGGUGUUGCUAAGGUUUAAAAAAUAAACCCCAGCCCUUCCCCCAGCCCUGUUGUAUUUCUACAGGCAAAGCUGUCAAUGGGGAUCAGUGGGAGCUUUGAUGGAGUUAUAUCUGCAAGGCAGAAUUCUUUAUAAAACCCCAACAGCCAUGUGAAACUAUUUAUACUUAAGAAAAGAUGAUUCUUCUGUUCUUGGAGCUGAAUAGGUUAGAGGAGGGCUUUGAGUCAGGACUUCUGGGUUUUCUUCCCAGCUCUGGUAGGGGAAUGGUGGGUAGUGGUUUAGAGUGGGUGAGGGGGCCUGGGAGUCAGGACACCGUGGUUCUGUCCCUGGCGCUCUGGGGGAAGUGGGGUCUAGAGAUUGGAUCAGAGGACGAAAUGGAAAUCUAGACUUCUGGGAGAGAAGAGACCAAAGCUUUUUAGAACAACAAGCUAGCAUCAAGAUGUGGCACGGAAAACCUGUGAUUGAACAAUAGGGUGGGAGAGGAGGAAGGAGGAGAAAAAGCAAAUUACGAAGAUUGUUUCCAAACUGGCUAGUUAUUUUGGGGUGCUCAGUCUGACUCUGAUUUUCAGAGGGCGAGCACUGAGCGCUUUUGGGGGAAUCACUUUCCAUGUACGGGGGUCUCCCCCAAUUUGGCUCCCAUAAAAACGGAGACACCCCUAAUCACUUGCUGCUUUUGACAGUGGUGGCCACUGAAUCUUCAGAGUAAACUGGCUAGAAUCCCUGCUCUCUGCUUAGCCAGGUCUUCCACCCACCCCUCACCCUCUCCUUAAGUCAGUUAUUUGCUUCUUUGAUUCACGCAGGGAAACCUUUUCUAAAACCAAAGGAAACCCAGUUUGCUUUAGAGAAGUGACUGCUGUUAAAAUGCCCUUUUUAAGUAAUAUUUUUUAGCCUUUUUUUUUUAAAUAAAGGGGAGGGCAUGUCUAUUUUAAUUCCGGGGAUCUUUAUAAACACAGAGAGGGGAAGUAAAGGGAUUGGCAAGAUUUCAUCUUAGCAGGAAAGAGAGAGAUCUUUUUCCCACAACUUCACAGGACAUUAUAACCCAGAGAUCUUUCUCCCACAGCUUCAUGAGUUGUCAUAACCCAAAGAUCUCUCUCCUGCAGCUUUGUGAGUUGUCAUAAUGCAGAGAUGUCUCUCCAACCAUUUCAAUCAACGUUACGAGGAGCUGAGAGAGACAAUGCAGGAAAUCUACUUGUGGCAAGAUCAGGGCCUUCACACUAUGUAGCUUUUAAGGGAGGGGUGUUUGAAUUUAUCUAAUGUUUUUCUGUAGGGCUGAUUUUUUUAAUUCUGUAUUUUUUUUUUAGUAAUACUAUUUUUCUAUUGGUGUCAGGAGCUUCCUGUAGUUAGAUCUAAGAGGUGACAAUAAAUAUUUGUAGCUAAAA